AGACCUAUGGUAACACUGAAGUAAUUGUUUAUGGGCGAUUCAUGGUGGAAAAAUUAGUCAACAGUUUUUAAAAUAACAUGAAAAUAAUAUUAGUAACGGCAUGAAUAGGGCCAUUUAGUCUAGUUUAAUGGGAAACACGCAUAAUAAAAACUCUGAGAACAAGAAUCAAAAGCAAUCUACGCAUUCAGACCGCGACGGCCAGGCGUUCACCAGUCAGUUCAGUCUCUCCCAUUUCGUGGGCAAUCUCAGCGGGCGUUCCUUCGUCAGUGUAACGAGCAACCAGUCGGUGUACAGCGCAUCACGGCCUUGGUCUCGCGUCUCGAGACGAAGAUGGAAUGACUCCACAUUAAAAAACCCACUAGAAGCAAGCAAAACUGCCUGGCCGGUGGCUCACAAAGAAUCAAUCUUCCAGCCUGAAUUUCCCAUCACCACCGACUUACUUCAGAAAGACUUUCAGAUUGAGGAGACAAUAGCCAAGGGUGCAUUUGGUGAAGUUUAUAAAGUAAAGAAGAUUAGUGAAGACAAAGAAUACGCACUUAAAGUGCUUAGUAAGUCACAGAUAGUGAACGAGAGUGCAGUUCGUCAAGUGAAGGAGGAGGCGCGCAUACAGGCGGCGUGCGGCCAUCAUUCCUUUAUAGCGGGCGCCGUGGCCCGCUGGCAGACCAAGAAAAGACUUUAUAUUGUUUCAGAAUACAUUCCGGGAGGUGAGCUGUUGGCUCUAUUAGAAAAGUACGGCAAGUUACCUGAAGAGCUUGUCAGAAUAUUUGUUGCUGAAAUUGCUAUUGCUAUUGAUUUCCUUCAUAACGCUGGCGUUAUAUACCGAGACUUGAAGCCGGAGAACAUUCUUCUCGAUUCUGACUGUCACAUUCGACUUAUCGACUUCGGACUUUCUAAGUGGCUCUCCAUCGGCUCGCGGACCACCACACUCUGCGGCACGCUCAAGUAUAUGGCCCCAGAAGUGCUGUCCCGGGAGCCGUACGGUCAUGCAGUGGACUGGUGGUCGCUCGGAGUUCUCGCCUGCCGAAUGCUGACUGAUGAGUAUCCGACGCCUGCGAUCAGUAAAAAAGCAACGACUGACAACGAAGAACUUACGAAAAGUGAAGCUGAUAGGAGCCCCAAAAUAUAUUCCAGUGAAAAUGGUUCUGAUGAGCAACGACGUUGUCACAUUCAGCCAGUCGCAGGUACUCUGCCAGGGAGUGCAACCUCUUUGUCGAAUGCAGCUCGUGGGUUACUCAUGCGUCUGCUGGAACGAGACCCGCGGGUCCGCAUCAGAAACUUGAGACAACUGCAACAGUCGGCUUUUUAUAUGAAAUUUAAUUUCGAACAUGUAAAGACAAAGAAGAUAUCGCCAAAAUCUGUCCUGGAGCGGUUCUAUCCUGAUGGUGUUUCUUCAGCCGACAAUCUGCGUAUGACAACGCAAAAAAUGUUUUCAACGUUUGAUCAACCGUCCCUUAUUUAGUUACUCUUAAUUAAGUUAUAGGUAGUUACAAAUACCUACUUACAAUUUAAAAUAAUCUUCUCAUCUCUUGGAAAAGUGGUCAGAAUCUUCUAACUUUAAUUUUCUGAAAUAU